UGCAACAGGGCUGGCCGAGCUGAAGCAUACUCGGAUCAGUAGUAUAAGCAUCUUGACAGUCCGUGUUGAUUCACGUCUUAGCGGGCUGUCAGCAAGCAUUCGCUAACUUUUUCGCACAGACGUGUCUCGUGACAUUUGCCGUGCCCUUUCACGUUUACAGCCGCGGUUGCGGCUGACCACAAUGACGCGAAGUAGAACAUGAAUGUGUGUGUUACCUUUGAAGUCAUUCGAGUUCCUCGCUUUCUUCUGGAUCAGAUUCAGUCACUAUCCUCACGUUGCUGGACAUUUUGUUUCUCUAGUUGAGCGAUUACCACACCUGUUACAAGAAGACCGUGGAUGUUAUGACUUGUCAACUUUAAUGUGAUGCACUGCGGUCGUCAACGCUGUCUUCACACUUGGUGGCAAAUUCUGGGUUUAGUUGUUUGAAUUUAUAAAUUAUGUACUUAUGAGCCAUUAGUAUCGAAUUACCGAGCUUUCAAAUCGAGCAUGCCCAUUGUCCUGAGAUCUGAGUGGAUCUGUAUCCCAAACCGUCAAACCUGGCAGGCAAUGUGUUGGAGUCGUUCAUCCAGGAAGUCUGGUCGAAGUUUCCAUUCCCGGCGAGCUAAGAUCUUCGUGGGACCGUGAAUCUUUGGAUGGGAUGGUGAUGAAGGUAGACGGCUCCAAAAGUCAGGUUCGCUACUUCAUUCAUUUCCCAAACCUGGAUACUCGCCAUGACCGCUGGGUCGCUAUGCGGGACAUAAUCCAGGUGUAUCGGACCGAAGACGACACAACCCAUGCGGCUGCUGGUGCACCGGCCGCGGCGGCGUCGCCGUCCCGCCCAACGAAGCGGCGCCUGGCGUUCGACCCGUCACCGGGAAGGCGUCUGCCGUUCGAGCCGUCAGCGACAGCCGAGCGUCCCGUUCCACACGACGAGGCGGGGGAAGCACCGGUCACCACCCAGCUGGCGUCUCGGCGACAGUGCGGUCACCCGGGGAAGCAGGCUGCUCGGAAAUCGGGCUCGCCCAAACAAGCGCGCUCUAGGACACUGGCGGUACCCCACUCCCCACGGGUGGAGGGUGUGACUGGACUGACACCGCACGCAGAGGCGCCCGAUCGGCCUCCGGUUCCGCCCGCAAAGACAGGACUGGUGACGCAGGCUAGUGGCUCGGCUCCGGCUCCCCGCACACGACGGAGCUGUUCCGUCAUCGUCAGCGUGGCACAGCGUCCUGGGCCGCCCUCUCAUCCUCCAGCGCAGCCCCAGCAGGAGACGGGAGUAGCCAUGGAGACGCCCGAUCGGAAUCAGAGUCCACCAGCACAGGCCGCGCCGGUGACACAAGCGACGGAGCCUCCUGGCAGGCGGCGGGGUCGUCCCCCGAAGGCCAUCACCAAUGUGGCGCAGGGUACUGGGCCGCCCUCUCAUCCUCCAGCGCAGCCCGAGCAGGAGACGGGAGUAGCCAUGGAGACGCCCGAUCGGAAUCAGAAUCCGCCAGCACAGGCCGCGCCGGUGACACAAGCGACGGAGCCUCCUGGCAGGCGGCGGGGUCGUCCCCCGAAGGUCAUCACCAAUGUGGUGCAGAGUACUGGGCCGGCCUGUUUUCCUCCAGCUCAUCUCGAGCGUGAGGCAGGGGUGGCCAGAGAGCGCCCUCAUGAACAGAUUGGCCGUGAACCGAGACAGGUCGGCAGUGUGCGACGCCGCAUAGGGGCGAAAACGACUAAAGAAUGUGUCACUUCAGACGUCCCGAACUUACCUGCGCUGACCGGCCGUGAUUGGGAGGACACUGGACAAGCACCAGAGACGCUGAUCCGGCGGUCUGGUCCGGGUGCACCGACGGGGGUUUGCGGGCAGCGCGGUGGCCGGCGUGCCACUAGGAGAUGUGGGCCGACUGUCAAGGCCGACCCGGCGGAUGACCCCGCUCCUGACCGCCACCAGUCUAUCUUGCUGACGAACAGUGGCGGAGCGGUGACAGAGCCGGCGCUACGCCAGGAUAUGGGGACCGCAUGCCUUCGUGCACGCGAUCGAGGAAGCCGUGGUAUGGGAGACGGCGCCGUGGUCGACGUGUCCACGUCCCACGUUAAUGUGUCGGACGGUCAUGCAAAGAUAUCACGUGGAAUGGGCCGUUCCGGGCGUCCGAGCGUGGCAUCUGCGGGGAAGGACCCAUCGCCAGCGGGUGAAGCACCAGGCGAUAGCAUUCGAACACAGGCCUCGGCAGACGCAGAUGCUCGUCCGGCGGCUGGCGCGGAUCCACCUCCGGCCCCAGCGGCCACUGGCCCGCGCAAGCGACGCGCCCCCGCCCUCAAGACGCGCCCUCCGAAGGGCGUUAUCAUACAACCGGCUGCGGCGUCUGUGCUGGAGACUCUCCGUGCUGGCAGCGUCGUGUACGUGGCCUGCUGGACGGAUAGUCACGGCUGGCGCUGCCUGUAUCCGGCUGAGGUGGUGCGUGUGAACAGAGACCUGUGGUAUCCGCAAUACCGGGUCCACUAUCCGGGAUGGAGGGCUAAGCACGAUGAAUGGAUAGCUGAGGACGUCAUACACAGCGUGGUGACGUCGCAUAGCCAGAUGACCGUGGCACUGCGGCACUGGUGA